CCCAGUCUUGCACACAGAUAGUGGCUUCAUUCAAGUCUACAGAAUACCAUUUGCAUAUCGAUGAUACAGAGAAGAGAAAGGGCCGAUGUGUGUGACACACAGCUGUGAUCUCCUUGUAUGAAAGAAAUAUUAUCCCCCUCCAGCCAGCGGGUACUCUCUCCACAUCUGUCCGAUGGCUAUGUGACUGAUUAUUUUGGGCAUUCCAAUUCAGGAUGCCCCCAGGAGGCAGGAGACCAACAAGGGCCUCUGUUUCCUCAAAGCAUCCCCCUCCUCCCCACUCUUGUUUUUCACUUGCUCUCCUAUAGGGAAUGGGGCCCUCUGUCGAACUAAACAGACCAUCUACAAAAGAUCAUCUCUGAGAGUUUAGUCAUAAAACUUCUCAAUUAACAACACAGUCCAUCUUCUAUCUAUCAGUGGGGGGGUGGGAGUUCAUGGUGAAGGCACUCGGUGCACCGCUAGGCCUGGUUUCCAUGGAGUCAUACCCGACAACUCAUUGCGACUGAGGCAUGCCAUUCUUCUCCAUGCUGCUAAAAUGUGCUGCUUACUCUGACUCAGGCUAUUGUGGCGCGCACAAGUGGCUCUCUGAGGAGAAGGGGAUGGAGAAAGAAAGGGUGGGGUCAAGGUUCAAAUGAAAGGCUCUCAUUGGGAGUCCCUUUCUGUUAUCAAAUUUGUUGAGACACAAAAAGAGCUACAGUCUCAUUCCCAAGAACAUCUUGAGGGAGAGAAAAGGAGGUUAUAGGACAGCGUUCUUUGUUGCGGCUUCAGUUCCUCAGAGCUCGCCGGCUGGACUCUGUCUUCACUCUGCUCCUGCACCGAUUAUUCAGCAGCUGAAUUGUAAAGCAGCAAGCUUUUCUUCAAGAAGUCCACUCUCUGCUAAGCUCAGCCACCAAAAUGGACACCUCUACAGUGGAGCUAACCUCCCUGUCACCCAACGGGUCAUCGGAGAGCUGUGCGGCGGUGGAUAUGACAGUUGAGAACACACUGUUUGGAUGCUUCUACAUCCUGGUUUUCUUCCUGGCGCUGAACGGCAACAGCCUGGCUCUCUGGAUCUUCUCCCACCAGCGUGGUGCUUCCUCUCCAGCUAACGUCUUCUUGAUUCAUCUGGCUGUGGCAGACUUAUCCUACGUGAUCAUCCUCCCACUGAGGGCCACCUACCACCUCACCGGAGGCCACUGGCCCUUUGGCGAGGUGCCCUGCAGACUGGCAGGCUUCUUGUUUUAUGUCAACAUGUACGCCAGCCUGUACUUCCUGGCCUGUGUGGCGGGGGAUCGCUACCUGGCUGUUGUUCACGCUGUGAGGUCGCUAAAGAUUCGUCGUGCUCGCUACGCUCACAUCAUCAGCUUCUCUCUAUGGGCGCUGGUUACAGUCUCCAUGGCGCCACUGCUCAUCACCCAUCAGACUGCAGAGGUGGACGGUGUGACGGUGUGUUUGCAGCUGUACAGGGAGAAGGCCUCUCGUAAUGCUCUGAUCUCCCUCGUUGUGGCCUUCACCCCACCUUUCCUCACCACCCUGUGCUGUUACCUGCUCAUCAUUCACAGCCUGCAUCGGGGCUCCAGGUUAGAGCCGGAGCUCAAGAUGAGAGCGCUGCGCACCAUCGGUCUGGUCAUGCUCAUCUAUGUAGUGUGUUUCCUGCCUUAUCACAUGAGCAGGGCCACUUUCAUCCUGGGCUACGGCCAUCCUGACGUCACCUGCCAGACACGCAGAGGUCUGAGCCUGGCCAACCGCCUCACGUCUUCCCUCACCUGCCUGAACGGGGCCAUGGACCCGCUGAUCUACCUGUUUGGGGCGGAGAAGUUCCGCGGCACUCUAAUGAGAUUGUUUUGCAAAGAUCAAGCAGGAGUGUCGGGAGCCACCAGCGGAGAGUUAAAGGGAACACAUGAGAGCUCUCUUCCGAGAUUCCAUUGUCGUCAUCGUUGACGAUCAAAGUCUGCAGGUAUGCCUACUCACCGAAAGUGUGCAUGAAGUCAACCAGGGAACUCUCGAGCAUUCGUCCUCACCGUCAAAGUCUGUGAGACUCUGAGGCUUCAGCUGCAUGUGACCUCAACAUGAUAUUGCUGUUUUCAUAAGCUUCUGAUUUUUGUGUCAAACACCAAAUGAGCAAUUUUGUACAUAGUCAACUUUUAAUGUAUGUUAUUGUUUAUUGUUUUGUGUUCUCAACCAAAUGUGAUAAAUACUUGUUAUCUUUUAAUAUCUUUCUUUUUAAAUUGAAGGUUUUUUAAGCUAUGCUAGCAUUGUGAUAAUGUCCAGCCCAGUCAACAGAAGAAAAUGUUGGCAUUGUAUGUUUCUGCAGACCUCGAACACAAAUCAACAUUUCUAUAGUGACAGUGCAUGAGCUGACUUUGUCAAUGUAAGGUGGAGGCGAUGGUGAUGGAUGGUGUGACACCUUGGCAAGACAUCUGCCAGGCUGCAGACGACUAUUCGAGACCAAAAAACAACAAAACUUGUGAUUUAGCGAGUCAUUGCUGUGUUUCCAGCUGCUUUUAAGUGACCAGACUUUGGUGUUUCAUAGCGAGCAGUUGCUGUUUUUCCAGCUGCUUUUUUAAGUGAUCCAUUGCUGUGUUUCAAGCGGCUUUUCAGGGACAAAAAGCAGAGACAUUGCUGCUUUUCCAGCCUGGAUUUUGCCCCCAAACAUGAUCUUUUCCUAAUCAUAACCACACAUUAACCACAGUGUUGCUGAAGUGUAAAGUUUGAACCAAUCUGCUACAUUAUAAUGUACCACUUAACAUAUCCAUGGUUUGCAGAAACAUAAAAUGCCAACUUUUUCCCUGGCGAUUUUCUGUAAUGUCGGUCAGUUGGUCCGUCACUUGGCCAAUACUCUUACUGUAAUGAUACAUUGCUUUUAGCCAAACUCUAAAAAAAGCGGUUUGGUCCAGACUUAAAUAUCUUUUGGUCACGACAUUCAUGUUUCCCUCAAUGAGCUGAAGUUGUUUCACCAAUACCUGCAGAACCAGUGACCUCCACAUCAGCCUCAGCUGAUGCUUUGCUUUUACUGCUAGUUAGCAAACGUUAGCAUGCCAACAGCUAAGCUUGUCAGCAUCAGGCCUCCAGGAAGUGCGCUGGACUUUGAAGCCAAUUUGACAUAGUGGCUAAACCUCGUCCGUUACAGGAUGCCAUGAGGCCCAAAAAGACUUCUUCCUAUAGACUUACAUUGGGAAAGAGACGUCUCUAAAUCAAUGGAUACUUUUUUUUUUUUAAAUCUCACAACCCCCCACGAAAUGACUUAUUUCACUAUAACGAUUUGGUUUAUUCAGUCUGAUAACAUUUUAAAAGUCUAAAAGAGACAAUUGAAUCAAUUUAUCCUCAUUCAAGUUAGCCAAACCCAAAGUUAAUCCCUUUGAUGCUGCAUUUUUUACACCCUCAAAUUUAUUGUUUCCAAUGUAGAGGCGUGGCAGGCGCGCUCAAAUGCCAGAGCGACCACCGCGCACACGCCUUCUCUAGUUCCUAUUUUUCAGGUCGUGACGGCUGCACCCUCAGAUAAACCGAGUUCAACUUUUGGAACGCAGCAGCACCCACCGCAUGUCAUGUGACAAGGAACAACCAAUCACAGCCGGCAGAUUAUCUUCUUCCGUAAGUCUGUGAUAAAUAUGAUCAGCUGAUCAUUUUGGUACAGAGCUGCCAGAGCUUUACAUCUGUCCCACAGACAAAAGGCCCCUUAGCCGGCAAAGUCUUAUGCGCUUGCUCUAUGAGAGCAGAAGAUUCAGGUAGUUUUACACUCAAGAAGUUGAACUUCUUUGGCUUCAUGCACCACUAAGCAACUUUCAAAGGAAUGAAUGGGGCCCCGCCUCCAAUGCUGUACCCAGUUCUCUUUAUACAUACAUGGUUAGCAUUUAGCUCACCAGUGUGCAGCCUCUCAGAGCAGUUAGCGUGGCUAUUGACUCUAAGUCUUGUUUUACUGUAAUGUAAUGUGUGUUUUUACUUACAAAUGUAAUGUUUUUUAAAAUUGCUGGAAGACACCAGAACCAUGUUUACUUUGCUUGUGCUAGACAAAUCCUCAUUAUACUGUACAUACAUUCUUAAUUAUCCAUCUCCUUAACUUUCCUAUGCAAUGCAUUUAUUGUUUUGUCCACGUAUGUAUUAUGUUGCACUGCUGCAUGGCAAACUAUUAACCCUGUGUCACUGUGAGUCAGUUUGGCCUGACGUCAUCUGCAGAAAAAGUGAUGUUUGAGACUGAAAGACAUGAUUGACACAGAUCAGUAGGAUGAGAGUUAUAAAUGUCCUUUGUAACGUGUAAGCUGUAAAUAAUAACUCAGUAAACAUUUGGUU